UUUAGCAGCUCGAGCUGUAGCCCCAAACAGGCUUACAAUCGGCCUCACUUGCCUGCUCUGCAACACACGUGCCGCGGGUCAUGCAUUUUAUGCAUUACAAACUAUUUCAACUUUGACGAUUUCAAACCUGACAGUUCCAUAAUUCGUAAGGUUUCGCUUUCCAAAUCCAACCAAUCUACGAACCAAAAAUCAAAAAACAGGGACAUCGGACCAAUGCAGGCGAAUGGAAGAAGCAUCUAGCAUGGCUCCUAAGCACUACAAGUAGAAUGACGGCACUUUUUUUAUUUGUCAGUUUUGACGAGGAACAUCACAACUUCUCGGGAGGAGAAGUGAGUUUUUCAUACAUUCGGCGACUUGGAUAGCUUCAAAAGACUAUUAAAAGCAGUCCUCUCUGCUCUCGGAGUCGGUGUAUUUCAUCUAUAGUUGUCUGGGUCCAAUUCAUUACUUAUUCUCUGCUGUUCACAAAGAAAGUUCGAGAUUUACUACUAGAAGUGCUCUUUUUUGUAAUUAAGUUUGUUGUACCGCGACGACGCUCCAAUUUCUUGCAACUACUGUAGACUACAGACUGCCAAAGAAUAAAAGCUGCUGCUGUAGGCUCUCCUGACGAGACGGGUCUUCUGCAUUUACUGUCAAGUGCAACCUUCCCGAAAUCAAGAACCCUCAGCGACGCACCAGCAGCCUAAAAAAACUUGCGCUCAUUCGGAGCAAAAUUUCUUCACUUCUCUAGUGGUGUAUCUAUAUCAUUCGGCCAAUUUUGUAAGGAAUUUGUGCGACGAGCAGGGCGACACAGACACUCCUCAUCCGAUUUUCGAAAAAAGAUAAAGCUACCUUGUAGUACGUGUGAGUAAGGUUGUACUUCUGUUGAAGCAAGUAUGCUACACCUAAAAGAAUAAGCCAUUAUUUACGCAGUGUUUACGUUUAAGUUUAAGUUUAAGAGUGGUUAGAGUUUAGUAUCUAUUGGGACCUGGGAGUUGUAUCUGGAGGCUAUCCGUAUUUUAGCAACGAAGGCGCACCAUCGCUCGUUGCAUUAGAAGGUGGGUAGUAUAAUUGAUUUUUUCGGGGACAAUCCAUCCUGUUGGAUGAUCGGAAAGGGAAAACGAAAUAAAAAUAAAAGGGGAGUAGUUAAAAACAGGCAGAGGCUGAGGCAAGAAGAAGUUCUACGACUCUGACUUUCCGAGAGGUUGUACGACGAGAAUUCCACCAUACGUCUGCUUUUUUUGCUGCACAAGAUCCACAUCAUCCACUUCCACCUUGUAGCCCGAAUUUCUACCAGCACGUUACAAUCCUCCAUUCGUGCCGGGGCGGGAACAAAAAGCGAAAGCAUUUGUGCCGUCGGCCACUCCUUCUUCUAGAAGUACUAGCCUUGCGUCAGCACCACAUUAGCUGGUUGUGUUGUAGUACUAACUGUGAAGGUCCUCUUCUACACGACCUCGAACUCGGGCUCUUUUACGUCGAAACCAUGACCGUGUACUAUCAUGAUUCCCCAGCAGCGCCGCAGCUACAGAACGUGAACACAACUUCACCGGUUCUUGCGAAUCUAAUGUCGGUUAUUUUGCGAGAGCGGUCUGCGCUUAAGCCGAAGCGGUAAGAAAAGAAGAGCCGGAAGAAUAAAUUAAACUACGUUUCAUCUUCAACGAACUUCGUGCAGCUCAGGACAAAAUUUAGUACGGAUAGAGAAGCGAAGAGCGAGGUCGUGGACGAAAUCGAAAUAAAGGCCGUACUACAAGAACUUGGGCGUCUAGUUGUACAACUUCCAGUGCAGCAGGACAAAGACGACACACGACUCAGUAUAGCAACGACCAGAAAGGAGCGCUGCAAGAAAAUGGAGGGGUCUUCAGAAGUUUAUGUCCCUACAGGUGACCAGCAGGUCGGGCCUCAAUCUUCCCUGCUUCCCAUCCCCGACCUGCUGUGGGGCGACAUGCCACUACCUCCGCUUGAGGACGGCGGGGAAUUUGUAGGGGAAAACGCGAAUAAACCAAACAACGGCGAGAUGUUGAACGACAAUCGUGAGCUACAAGACCUCAACAACCAUCUGAACCCUGCUUCUGCACAGGACCAGAGGAAAAGAACAAGCAGCAGCUUUUUCGACCUGUCAAAGAACAGGAGCAGAACGGAGAAGGUCUUAUCAACCUCAACGCGAGUUGUAAGCAGAAACGAUUUAUUCUCUUCUCCCCCCCGAGACCAAGAUUGCAUGCAGGAAGAGGCACGAAAACUAGGCUACAACUGGCGAGAGCUGCGUUUGCGUCGCGAUAAAGUACGACUUCUAGAGAACAAGAAAUCCAGCAACUACAAGGGUAGAGGUGGUGCUUGUCACCAAGAGGAACAAAGGAACUGGAGAUCGACACCGGGGCCCGGAAUUGAUCAUGUUGUACCCAAGAUGUUGACCUCUGUUGCGAACCGGAGAACUAACUCGUGUGCAGAACCGAUCCAACAGUUUUCUUCGGACAAGGGAGUAUUGAAUGCAAAAAUGUCUGGGUCUAGAAGGAUGCGAACUUGUGAUGCUGUCUUUGACUUCUAAAAAAAUCUGUAUUGCAUGAAAAGAAAUUAUAGGAGUCCAGUUUGUGCUUCGCGGGGGCGGCUUUUUUCAUGCGGAAUAGGCAUCAGGAAGUUCUCUAAAAAUCUGUGAUGCUAGGUGAUGCACCAUUGCAGGCGUUACGGGCCAUGCAAAACAUGCAUGACAAGCGUCGAUGCACCCAUCCAGACCCAGACAUAUUUGCAUUUGAUAGGGAGGUCGUGAAAACAACACUCAUCCGGGGAUAUCAUCUAUUGCGAAGGGAGGGAAGAUGGAAGAAGUAGCACCAUCGUCAUCAGGUUUUACUCCGCUCACAACUUCUUCUACCUCUGCUUCUGCAGCAGCAGAAGCCGGUGAAGAUGUUGAUGCAAACUACUUCUCUACUACAGUAGUUCCUGCUUGCGGUGCGCGUGACGCCCACACAACUCCGCGGACGCCGCGCAGGCCGACGAGAGAAGAGACAGGCGAAGACUUUCUGGACAGUUCGGUGUUUGAUCUGAUGUCAUCUACGUCCUCAUCUUGUAAGAAGAUGAAGGACCACAACACGCUGUACCACCACGACGCGCCGCCUCUGAGCCGAGGCAGUUCUUCCGGUGGAACAAAUUCUCUCCGCUCGACUUCCGAUUGCUACGUCCAUCCGACUAACGACGUGAUCGUGCCACUCUACAAGGACAUGGAUAACUUCGACUUUGCGGUGGAUCUACAAGACGAAGAAGUAGAAGUGGACCACCAGCCUGACGAAGCGGUCCCGAUGAUGUUCGACCUGCUUUCUUCCCCCGAAGGGGACAAAAAUCUCCGCCGAGAAUGGUCCAAGAACAGUGCCGCGUCGUCGGGCAGUUGCAGUAACCCCUGCUAUUCGUCGUCCAAAACGUCGUCCGCGGUCGUGAAGGAGGGGAGUAGUUCUUCUAGUAGAAACAGCGGUAAGUACAGCUGCUACAACAAAAUUGCUAGUGGACCAGCUGCUCCUAGUACCGGCGAAGAUUUUCAUCAUGAUCUUCCCGAAACACGUCGAAUGUGCACUUCUACUUCUUGUUCGCCGGAGCUGCAGUUCAACAACAUCCCGCGGGUUCUUGUAGGGGAUCAUAACUCAAGUAGCGCAGCAAGCAGCUCCAGCUCCAGCGGCUGCAGCUCGUCAUCUUCUUCUUCGUCAACAUCAAUGCACGCUAACAUCAAGGGAGGACGACGAGAGUGGUCAAAGGAUGGGGACCAGAUGAACACGACCAGUGUUGAUGUGGAUAUGCAUAGUACAAAAACCAGGAUGUUGAACAACGGAGCGUCAAGUUGUUCGAGUAGGAAAGGAUCCACCGGAAACACUCCUGCGGGAUUUUCUUCUACUUUGACGCCGGACGAGGCUCAUCAUUUAUUAACCGGGGACUCAGACACGGAGAUGCUGGGAGAUGAUCCGGUCCACCUUGGGGGAACAAGAGGUGACGACACGACUACGACUACGAUCACCCCAGCAUCAUCGUGGUACGACGUCGCAAGAGCCGCGAGCACCACGACAAGUAAAAGCACGAGUACAGCCUCUGAGUAUUUCUACUCCAAACCCUGGAGGCCGAUGUCGACCGGGAAAAGAAGUGGCUCCUACUGGGACAAAGAUCUUCAACAUUGUGCGGCGGGCGGAAAAAUGAAGUCCGAGCAGGACAACUUCUACAGGAGACCGCGUAUGUUCAAAAGCGUGUCGACGAUAAUAUCAAAUGCAAAAAUGUCUGGGUCUGGAAGAAUGCAAACUUGUGAUGCGCAUUUGACAACCCAUAAAAAUCUCUCAUGCACAGGCAGCAAAAGCUGGCCGCUUUCUGUCACCAGAAUGGGACAUUUGUCAUGCACAUUCGGCAUUGCGGAAGCUUCUCGAAGGCCUUGUGUGUCAUGCAAAAGCAGCAUGACUGUUCCAGAGCCAGACUGACACUUUUGCAUUUGAUAGAUAGGCACAGGCAGCAAAAAUUGGAAUUGGCGGUCCAAGUCCGAUAGUUACGACCAACAUCUUUCGCACCAACAACAGCAAAUCGGCCACUACAACAACCACGAGAGCAAUCAAAAUUCCUGCGUGACCUGGUAUUACCAGCAACAGGAACAGGAACAGCGAGACUUGCAAUUAUUGCAACAGCAGCAGAUGUAUCCUGUGCAAAAGUAUCGUACUCGUACUAAUCGCAGUCAUGCAACACAAAUUUCUUUUUCAAGCUAUUUCAGCAUGAGAAAUUCCAUUUGUCAUGCUGAGCUAAUUUGUAUUGCAAUACUACGAGUACGAUACUUUUGCAAUGCAUAAGAUGCAGAGUGUGUUGGUUAAUAAAGGAGGGCACGGUAAACAAGAUUCUUCUUCUUGUCAGAAAGGGGGGAAAAAGGCGAUGCGGAAAUCUUCGACGUCGUCCCUCUCCAUGGGCGAACGGACGCCGGUAGUUGCGCAAGAUGCACAAAGCUUCGCUACUAUAUGAAAUGCAAAAGCAUCGUACUAGUAUAAAUCGCAUGACAAAUUUCCUCAGCAUGAGAAAUAAAAUUUGUCAUGCGGAUUUCACUUGAGAAAGCAAUUUGUGAUGCAUGACUGCGAUUACUACGAGUACGAUACUUUUACACAGGAUAUACUAGUUCUUUCGACAAAGCGCAGCUGCAAGUGGAAGCCGCACCUGCCUCUACUUCUUCUUCGGGGAAAUCAAAAGCUACAGAUGGCAAGGGAGAUUACCACAGUCGAGGACCUCCAAAGCUCCCAGGACGACAACUAG